AGCUCUGGAAGAAGGUGAAGUGAAUGUAAUAGUGACAAACUUGUUCACAGAGAACUCAGAUGAAACCGAGGAGAAAAUUGCUAGCACAAUAAAGGAGGCAGCAAAUGAACUUCCCUUCUUGGCUACUUACACAAGUGAAUCCUAUUGCGCUGCUUUUAAUUGUGAUACUCGAACCACAUACUGCAACGAAAGUGAGUUUCCAACAUGCAUAUGCAAAGAUAACUUGGUGAAAACAGAAUGGGAUGACCGUUCUUGUUCAAGUUGCGUCGCAACUUGUUCUGCAAAAGAAAACAAAUAUUGUGUAAGAGAAAAUGAGGUUCCAACAUGCAAAUGCAUGUCUGACUUUAUGGAGAAGAAUGGAGAAUGUGUAUCUUGUCCAGUGGGCUACUCCGGGGACAACUGUAAUAACAAUAGUGAACUUAUCCUUAUAAUAGUGGGGACGGUGUUUGGAGCCAUUAUCCUGAGCUUAGUGAUAGCAGUCUCUGUUGUUUCAGUAAGAGCCAAACGCACUCAAGAUCCAGAGAAGAAGAGACUGAUAAAGUCAGAAUAUACCAAAUCAGAUACCUCUGAUGACAAACAGACCAGGAUGUUCCCCAGAGUCCAGACCACUUCUGGCCAUGCAAACCCAGGAUAUCAGCCAAACAACCCAUACGAGGCUCAUUCCACAAAUAGAGGUCAUUUUCCAGAGAGGGAUUAUGAUGAUCCGUACGAAAUGUCACGGGAGCCUGAAGGCUUUAGGAUGCAGAAGAGAUACUAA